AUGCUUCUCCCACGGCGAGCGGUUAUCUUCCUCGGCGUCUGCUUCUUCCUCGGCUUCCUCUUCACAUCCCGGAGCCUCGCACGACCAUGGCGUGACGUACCCCAAGUCAUCGGCCUGGGUGACCUGAUCUCCUCGUCAUCCAACAUAACAAACGCCUGGAACACGACCCGCAGCCAUACAAACAACGACCUCUAUGCCCCACUGCCGGAUUUCAUCCCCGGCACCCCCAAACCUCCGGGCUACAAGUACUCUAAGGUGAUGGUCGUGACUCGGACCAAGGGGGAAGACACCAGCUGGAUCGCCAAUGAACUACCAGAUUGGGAUCAUGCCAUCUAUGUUGCAGACGACCCCACAGCACCACUCCAUCCGCCCAAGAACAAAGGUCACGAGGUCAUGAUCUACCUCACCUACAUUGUCGACCACUACGACAAGCUCCCAGACGUGGCGGUGUUCAUGCACUCGCACCAAUUCGCCUGGCACAACGAUAACCUCUUCGCUGGAGACGCGGCGCAGCUGCUCCGCCGCCUCAAUCUGAACCGAGUCAUCCGCGAGGGCUACAUGAAUACUCGCUGUGGAUUUGGCCCGGGCUGUCCAGCCUGGAUGCACCCUGGUGCGGUUGAAGAAGACGAGUCAAAGCAGGAGGAGAUCAUGCUGGCGCGCGCGUGGGGAGAACUAUUCCCCGAUCAGCAGAUCCCAUCUGUCCUAGCGCAGCCAUGCUGUGCGCAAUUCGCCCUGUCCCGCGAUCGCAUUCGCUCCAUUCCGCGCGCCCGGUUUGUUUUUUACCGUGAUUGGCUGCUGUCGACGGAUCUGAGUGAUUAUAUCACUGGUCGCAUCUGGGAGUAUCUUUGGCAGUAUAUAUUCACCGGGGAGGCUGUUCUCUGCGUUGAAGAAAAUGUUUGUCUAUGUGAUGGGUACGGGUUUUGUUUUGGCGGAAAUGAGGAAUUCAAUACUUACCGAGAAGUUGAAACGAAAAAGAAUGAGAUCCAGCGGGAAUUAGAUAAUUGGAUGUGGUUGUCUGACGGAAUUGGAUUUAAUGACGAUGCUGAAUUGGAUGAGAGUGAGGAGGGCAACGUUCUUUUCAAUCAACUUCAGGAGAAGCAGCAGGAGCUCAUUGAGACUCUAUAUGGUGCUAUGGAGCGUGGUAAGAACCCCCAGUACCGUGCCCAGGAGGCCGGUCGUCCUUGGAAAGAGGGUGAUGGGUUCUAA